UCUAGCUGCUCUAUCAGCAGGAAGUGCCCCCAAGCGCCAUUUUCAGACUCUAAGUAAGCAGGAAUCUGCGCCAUCUCGGAAAGUUUGACAGAGCGGACGUUUAUCCUUGACAUAGUGGAUAUUCUACUGGAUUACUUCAUUGGUUUUUUUAUCGAGAAGAGAAGCCAGUAAUCUAUGAAUAAUUCAAAUACGGGCUUUUGCGCCAUUGGAGUAACGUUAGCGAAUAAGUUUGCUUCUCAGCUAGCUAGCUAGCAUAGCUUACUUAGCUAACGUUAGCUAACAAUACAUAUGUACAAAUUUAUCGCCAACACCGCAAGUGUUCACAUUUAAGUGAAGGCCGUCGAUGUAUCCUCAUCUGUUGUCAACAGAUGACAUCGGAAUCAUGCUCGCUGAAUCAAUUAGUCAUCAUAUUGAAUCAAAUUUCGACAACAUAGAGAAUAACAAGCCCACAACAGUAACUUCUAAUUCUACGGGGACGAACAUCAACAAAACAAGACAUGCUCUGUUCAAGAAAGGUAGCCGAAGAGUGCGCUCGACAGCUUCGAAUUGCCAAAACGGAAAUCAGCGUUCUCAACAACAGAACCAGAAACAAGGACUGUUAAGAAUUACCAACCCAAUGCGUCUUGCAGACAUAAACAACAACGCACUAACAGCGCGGCCGAAAUCCCCUGCCCAGUCGAAUGCAGAGGCGGCGACCAAUAAAUCUCAAGCAGCUGUGUUAAGCACCCAUCUGCUCAAAGCGGGGUCAAAAAAGGAGCUGCUGAAAUCAAAAACAGGAAGACCAGAGCGCUCAUCUCAGCCAUGUAAUCAGACCAUCCACAGCCCCAGUAAAUGCGAGCAGACGCCACCAAAUAUCAGUAACCGGGGGCAGAAGAGCAAGUGUGCUGCUGGGAAAACAUCUGUGAAGAAGUCUGACAGCAGUUGUGACCAGAGGCUCCAGACCAGUUGGAAAGAGGUUCAAAGACCUCUCAGCCCUGCCGAUAGUGUCAUGCUUGUGCAUUUAAGUCCGUCUGAGUUCGUGCCAGAAGACGACUUUAAAGAUGGCGAGAAGGUAUACGCAGGUGCAAAGUUCAGUGAGCCUCCAUCUCCUAGUGUUCUCCCCAAGCCACCAAGGCACUGGGUCGGAGAGAACACACAUCAGUAUGCCACUGACGGCCGAGAGCAGAUGACUUCUCAUUUAAAAUCUCUGCUGAAGGUCCCAGAUAAGCCAUGAUGGUUACAUCUGGUAACAACAAAUCACAAUUUAAAAAAUUAUUACUAGUGCUCUGAUGAUUUUUUUCCACAGGAAAAUUGCCUUUUAAGAAUGCUGGGACAACUUGUUGCAACAGAAAAUCUUGAAUUACUGGACUUCUAUAUCAUUGUCUUACAGUUGUGAUGAAAGAGUUGUCAGAAAAGGUCUAACAAAAUGUGUACAUGUGUGUAUUAUAUGUAAUAUAUGUGUAUAUUUUCAUGUUGUUUUAACAGAGUGAAAUCUAGUUUUGUUACUGAAGCUUGAAAAUGAUGUAUAUUGCAAUCAGGUGUGCUCUCGAAGUGUUAGAAAAAUAUACAACAAUUUACAGCCGGAGGGGCACAUUGCAUGGAAGAUGGUUUCUCACAACUUUGCACAAGAAAACCAAGGGGUCCUGUAAGUUGUGAGAAAUGUGGUUGAUACGUAGUAGGGUGCUGUUAACUCACUGCUGUGAUGUCUGCUGGCAGUGGCUGACUGGAGAGUGGCCAGUUUAAAUGGAACAGUCUGAAAAGCCUAUACAGUUGACUGAACAUGUAAAUGGUUGCAAGGUUGGCAGUUGGAUCCACUCUUCAUUGAGAAGUCCUACCCACAGAACUGGAGCAGAGCACAACUGAUCCAAAAGAAGACAUAUUCAAAAUAACAAGCACUUAUGUGUCUCAUUUUACUGGGACAAUAUUGAAAAUUAUGAGAUUAAUUUUGACCAAAAUGUUUUUUUUAAUGGCCACAGAUGUGGGCAGUCUACAUUUGCACUGAUGAGACAAGUUACAUUUUAUUCUGACAAUGCAUUUUUCACUGAAGCUAUGACAAUGGUGUGUCAAGUAAUUUAACAUAUUUUGUUGCAACAAAUCCAGUCUUUUGAAGGACAACUACUAUGUGAUAUUAGAGCAUUUCCCAAACUUAAAUUGGCAUGUGAAACGACUUUUUUUUUUUUUUUUUUACAAAUUAACAAAAUAAAGAAAUUGGCUUUCCCCA